AUGAUCAAUUUUUAGGGAUUUUUGACUCUAAAGGAGGACAACAACAUGAGGAGCAGAGCUCAAAGAGGAAGACAUAUGGUCACCUUUGCUGAUAUGAAUGGACAAACAAGCAAAUCUCCUCCAAAAGAUGAGAAAAGUGAGAGGCAUUUAAGAAAAUCUCCAAGACUUCAGGCAGAGGGGGAGAGGUCGGCAGAUGAGCGCACAGAUGAGAUGGAGUCAACUCCCACUUCUCGAAACCUCCGUGCUCGGAUUCAAAGGCGAGAAGAAGACAGUGCCGUGAGACGUAGCUCCAGAAUCACACGAUAUAAGCUUGACGCUAGGAACCAGUCGGUCCUCUAUGACAGGCUCAUUACGAACACUGCAGAGGCUGUACUUCAGAAGAUGGAUGACAUGCAGAAGAUGCGUCGGAGACUGAGGAGCAGAGACAGUGAGGAGGAGAAUUUGAGAAUUUACUCUGGGACAAAAAAGAAGAGGAUCACAGAACCUUCAGUAAGAGGACAGCCAAAAAAGCAGAGCAUAUUUUUUAAGCAUCACUCCACCCCAAUUAGACGAAGAUAUACAUUUAGUACCUCAAGUCCCAGGAGCCCGUACAACAACAGGAGGGGCACCAGUUGUAGCAGAAAUGAGGUUGAUGGGAGAAGACAUGCCAUCCACAGUAGUGACUCCACCUCAUCCUCUUCUUCUGAUGAAGAGAAAUUUGAGAGGAGGAGAAGUAAGAGUCAUAGCAGGUCAAUAAACAGAUGCCUCCCUAUGAAUUUACGGAAGGAGGAUUUGUUGGGAAUCCACAAGGACAGGAUUAAAAUUGGAGCAAGUCUUGCAGAUGUUGAUCCAAUGCAAAUUGACCAAACAGUGCGCUUUGACAGCAUUGGAGGUUUGGGCAAACACAUCUCUGCAUUGAAGGAGAUGGUUGUGUUUCCUUUACUCUACCCUGAGGUCUUCGAGAAGUUUAAGAUUCAGCCUCCAAGAGGCUGUCUGUUCUACGGCCCUCCUGGCACAGGAAAGACUUUGGUAGCUCGAGCCCUGGCAAAUGAGUGCAGUCAAGAUGAGAGGAAGGUGGCAUUCUUCAUGAGAAAAGGAGCAGACUGCCUCAGCAAAUGGGUGGGCGAGUCUGAGAGACAGCUCCGCCUCCUGUUUGACCAGGCAUACCAGAUGCGUCCAUCAAUUAUUUUCUUUGAUGAAAUUGAUGGUAUUGCACCUGUUCGGUCCAGCCGGCAAGACCAGAUACACAGCUCCAUCGUGUCCACUCUGUUGGCUCUCAUGGAUGGGCUAGACAGCCGGGGUGAGGUGGUUGUUAUUGGAGCCACUAACCGUCUGGACUCCAUCGAUCCUGCGCUCAGACGGCCCGGACGAUUUGACAGAGAGUUUCUCUUCAACCUACCAGACAGAGAGGCUCGCAAAGAUAUUUUGAAGAUUCAUACUAGGCAGUGGGACCCGCAGCUGUCUGAUGUGUUUCUUGAAGAGUUGGCUGACAAGUGUGUUGGUUAUUGUGGCGCAGACAUCAAAGCUGUAUGUUCAGAAGCAGCUCUGUGUGCCUUGCGUAGAUGCUACCCCCAGAUAUAUGCUUCCUCCCAGAAGCUCCUGCUGGAUGUGGAGUCCAUCAGCGUGAGUGGCCGGGACUUCCUCUCGGCCAUAAGGAAGAUAGUUCCAGCUUCACGGAGGGCAGUGGCCUCUCCAGCUAAAGCACUCACGCCUGUUAUUGAACCCCUGCUGAGCUCUGCCCUCAAUAACGCCAUGGAGAUGCUGCAGAGACUCUUUCCUCAUGUAGAGCAGGUACUCAAGAAGAAAAGAGAUGCUGGUAAAGACAACUAUUUUUAUCACUCAUCCCCAUAG